AUGGUCGGCUACCAGUAUGGUGUGAAUCGCCAGCCCGAGCAGCCCAGACUGGCAGCCUCGGACAGCAGAUCAGCUGAGGAGGACGAUGCUGUGCCGGACACAGACUGGGUCGAUAACAGAAACUUUGCAGCAAUUGAGCUGCGCACGAGCGGAGCUGCAGCGGCCGGGGCCAUACAGCGGGAGGCCGAAUCACACAGCCAGGGGAGGCUCUAUGCAUCCGGUGACGCUGCGCCUGCAGCAACACCCGCUAGCGCAGCCAGUAAUGCAACUCAGCUGCCUGCCAGCAACACAGCUGUCUGCGCAGCUAGCCAGGAUAAGCCGAUCGAGCGCUCCUCUGAGGGAGUGGGUGCGUCAGGACAGCAGGGUGCCGAGGAGGAGUUGCCCUUCGUCCAUGUGCUGACGCCGCGAGGUGAAGGCAGCGAUGAGGAGCCAACAGAAGCUAGCCCAUGCACGCCAGCUUCGAGCAGUCCUGGCAGCGUGGCAGACGGGGCGGGGAGCAGCGAUGCAGGCACCGCUGCAGAAGCCGCCAGCAGGAGGGAUCCGGACACAGGCGCGGGGGAGUGCUUUGGGAGUCCCAUGGAGGAGCGCGUGGCGGGGUCAGCGGAGUGUAGCAGCAGCGGGCGCGGCACGGUGGGCUUUGUGCAGAGCAUGGAUGAGACGCCCGGGCUGCAGCGGCUGCGGUGGGCCAUGGGCGGCGACGGCGGGCAGUGGCCGCAGCUGGACCACUGGGACGAGGCCACCGCCUUCUGGGCCGCCUUCAGCCGCCAGCUUAAUAUCAAUCCAGAGGCAUUGAGCGCUGGGGAGCGCGUGCAGCUGGCAGGGGUCCUGCUGCAGGCCUGGACUGCCUUCCAGCAGAAGGGCCACCACGAAGUGACCAGCCAGCUGCGCGCUGAGGCGAACGUGCACCACGCGGUUCAGGCGACGGCGGCGCAGCAGGCGAGCGCGGUCAAGCAGGCGCGCUUCCAGCACGACCUGCACUCCAAGCAGCUCGCGCACUUCCGCUCGGCCCUCGGCGACGGCCUGCUGUUCGGCAUGGUGGUGAUGUUGGCGUCUGCAGGGGUGUGCGGCUAUUGGAGCGGGGUGGGCGACCUGCUGUUCGGCCACUGCCGCCCAAUGUCCAGUGUUGGCGCCUUUUCGAUCCUGCGCCCCUGGGCUGCCCUAGAUUUCGGCGGCGUUCUUGUGUGCUGGGCGGGGGCGCUGAGCGAUGUGUUGGUGGCGGCGGUGGUGAUGCUGCUGGUCGGCCGGCACAUGGCGGCAACUGGCGCGCUCGUGGGCGCACACGGCGCCCCCCUGCGCAAGCUCGCGCUCGGCCUGGGCGCCGGCUGCGGCGCGGCCGGCUACUUUGUCAUACACCGCCUCCACGGCGACGCUCGAAGGUGGCUGCUGGGAUGGGAGGCGUGGGUGGCGCUGCAUGUGCUGGUGGCCUGGUUCAUGCCGUCUGUGCUGCGCGCACUGGCGGCGCAGCCACAGGCCGGUGGGGUGCCUGGGCUGGGCUCUCAUCUCAGGAGCACAAAGGGUCAGAAAUGGGUGGAUUGCCUGGGAUUGCCCGGCUACCAUGUGAUGAUGGUGGCGCUCAUUCCGGCCCUGGUGGGCUAUGCUCCCUUCAGCAGGCGGCUGUCUGCGCUGCAGCUGUUGAGGUCACUCGUGGCCUCCCUGUGA